UGUACUUUGGAGCUUGAAAAAAUUAUGUUAACGAAAAGAAAUGCAGAAAAUAAAAACACCAUUCGAUCUAGCACUGCCAAUUCUAUAGUAGUAUGUAAUAAGUGGAUUUUAUUAAGUUUUUUCAUUUUCAUGUCAGUUCUACUUUAACGACAACCUGGAUGGAGAUGUGAUGCACUGUCUUGCGGGUUGGAAUGAUUCAAAUAAAGAUGUCUAGGGUUAGGUUGAAGUGCUUCAAACAGAGGACGACGUGAAGAAUUGUUUGGCAGGAAAGAGAAUGUUCAAACGGACGAGGAUGGGGACCUUUUUUGCAGGUGAGGCGAGAUUCAAUUGACCGAGGAUGGUGUUUUGCAGAUGCAGAUGGUUCAAAUUAAAUAUGAUAUGAAGCAAUUUUUUAAAGAUAAGAAUUUUCCUUGGCGUCAAGAAAAGUGUUCAUUUGUACACCGGAUAAUACUUCUAUGCUUUCAAAACCUUCCGCUUUUGUUGAAAAAAUCGUCAGUUUUCCAAGGGAGGUAUGAACAUUGGCUAGCAUAUGUCUUUUCUCAGGACUUCUUGCAUUUAAUCCCAGUCAUCUCUCAGCUGUAACUAGCUUUAAUCUGCUAUAAAUUUACUUUGAACCGCCUAAAUUGUUUUCUCGCAACUAUUAUCGUCAAACAAGUUCUUUUUCGCAUAGAACAUAUUCAGUGCUUUUGAAGGAUGUAGAGUGUACAGAAUUUUCAUUGUACUUACUUUUAAACGUUAUUGCAAGGCUUAAUCAUAAGUUUAUGACGUCACCAUCCUCUACAUCAGGUAUCCGGUAUAUUUCGAACAGUAAGAUCCAGUAUUCGUUUUCUCAAGCAUAAAAAAGUGAGCGUGGAUGUACUGGGGAGCAUACAUUUUGAAAGGGCAUUCCACUUGUUCCUGCGGCCUUGUUUCGAAGCGAUGCAUGUCAUGGCUUCUGGUGUGCUAGAAUUUUUUUGAGAAGCCUAUCAUAGUUUCGAAAGCCAGCCGCUUUUAUGAGAAGAUAAUUCACUGCUGGACCUUAGCGGUUUCUUUAAUAAGCUUAACACAAUCUACAACUUUCGCGUUUGGAGUCCUUCAAAAGGCCAGCAUUCAAUGGUUGCCUCUCCCCGACGUUCUCCUUUCUGGUGUUUUUUUUGGGAAUUUUUGGGAACAUCAUUUGGGAAUAUUCGCAUUAGUAAUGUUUCGAUUGCGUAUUAAAGGCACAUGUCCUGUUAAAUCCCGUUGUGUGCCUUUUCAUAGAAAUGUAUUUGUCUGUCAACAUGUAGUGUUACAAUUAAACUAAUUAAAGCCAACAGAAAAAAUAAAUUACAAUUUUCCCGAUUUUCGACGUUAGUAUUGUUUGUGAAUUUGAUUCCGUAUAUCUUAUUAGCGUGUUGAACACAUUUUAGUCUUUGUACAUUUUGCGCGCUACGUAUUCGGGUCCUUGGCCCGUUGGCACACCCGUUCACUGGCUUAUCGAUUUUGACCGUUGGCAGAAGAACCCCGAAUGUUACACAAUGCAAAAGGCUCUUUCUAGAAAACUGUUCAAAAGGUAACGAAGUUUUUAGCAGGUUUCUCAAUUCAGAAAUUGAUACGUCCUGGUUAUUCAUAUUAUUUUUGACUUUUCUUAACAGUGAUGCAAAAUCGGUACCUGCUCGUUAAAAAGAUUUAGCUGUAUUAGCGUCCCAAAUAUAGCAUAAAACAUAUAAAUUUGCAAACAUAAGCAAACAUAAUAUAUAUUGUGUAACUCUAGCCUGUGUGCAGACUUUACUGUCCGUUGCGAAGGAGAACCAAUACGGAUCUAUGUGACUUUUGUCUUUGUGUUAUCUUCUGAGAAAGUUAAAUUGAAAGAAGUGAAACAGCAGCAUUGCAAGAAAAGUUUUAAUUGUGAUGAUAUUGUGAUGGCAUGUUGUUAAUGUUGGUACUUUAACAAGGAGGUUUCUUCUAGUUUCUGCAGAAGUAAUAUUGAUUUGUAUUGAAAUAUAUUAAAAUUUAAGUAUACUAAAGCCUUUCGUCUGACACUCUUCAGAGUUUAAAACGUCAGAACAUAGAUCGAAAACUCUACGCUAGGAAAUAAGUAAUCAGUUGUAGAUCGAAAUAGGCCAAUCAUAAACGCGAACACAUGACUGUAUAGGUUGACCAAUCAGUGCCGUUUACCUAUUGAUGAGAAUGUUAUACUCGUCGAGUCUUAAGGUGAAAACGAACUAUUUCUGUCUACACAAUAGAAAUUCUAAAACUAGUACAUUUACCUAGUAGCUUGGGCACCCUAAAAGCUAUAUUCGAAGCAAGAUGGCAGGCUCUCUAAAUUCAAAAGCUUGCUAUAACACUAAUUUUGUUUUACAACAAGAAACCUGUACUCAUUGAUUGCUAUUUUUAUUGCUAAUUCCUGGCUCAAAAAACAAUUAAUACUUUGUUAUAAUUAGUAGCUCUCGGCUCGAUGUAUUUUCAUGUCUAGUUUGAUUACAGCGGGUGGUUUUUACAAACCUCAAUAAACCAUCACUCUAAAAUCAACUUUUGGAAGAUAAAAGCAAAAAAAUGUUGUAAUUAGUUACUACCGACUGGUUCUUUAUUAGCAUAGUGUGUUUUAACAGCUUCAGCAGAAGGCAACGUAAAAUAAAAUUGCAGGUGGCUUUAUGUCUAGGGAUUACCUAGUGUUUGGAUUUCAUGAAAAAUUAACACUUUAAUUGAAUUGACAUGAACAAAUUUUCGUAUUUUUGUAUACCAUUUGAAUAGGAAAUUAAAAAGUAGAACAUUGAGUCCCGCUACUAUUGAAAAGCAGUCGAACUUUUAUGACAGAGUUCCGCCAAUGAUUUUGUCGGUACAUUUUCUCAACCUGCUAGAUAGACUGGCAAGGGUACUGAGUGGCUGUGCACAUCUGGUUUAAAGUGGAUCCACUGUUGUUACGCUUCAGAAUGUGCUGCUAGGUUCAAUUUGGCACAAGUUUGCAACGUGUCAGCUACCAAGGACGGCAAAAGCUCAACUGAAUGCCUUUGACAAAGUGAAUUUGAAUCUCUUACAAUCAAGAUCAGAUCGUCUUGAGCCAGCUUCGUAUGGUGUAAAAGCCAGAUGACUAGAGCACCUGUUGUCAGCAACACCAGUGCAUUGUGGCUAAGUGGAGGUAUCAAAGCACUGUUAUUUAUUUGCUGUCUACAUUAUUAAAAGAAAUCGGAUACUUCAAAUUGCAGUUCUCAUAUGAUUUAUUGCCUCGGUUAUAAUCAAAGCAAUAUUUGUGCGCAAUGAGUUAUCUUUGUUCAUCUCGAGUGGAUACAGGGAAGGAGAAAAUAGAAAUCAAUGUUGGUGGAAAGCUGUAUUUGACAUCACUCGACACACUAAGAACGGACAGGCGAUCUUUCUUGGCGACCAUGUUUAAUGGCAGCGUGCGGCUUCAGCGUGAUUUGGAGGGACGCCUUUUUAUUGACCGUGACGGCAUUUUAUUUGCACAUAUUCUUGAUUACUUAAGAAGCGGCCAGCUACUACUUCCUGAACGGUUUAACGAGUUCGAUAGGCUGGAACAAGAAGCGCGCUAUUUCAAGUUGAACGGACUGUUAAAGGAUCUCAAAACUUUUACAAACAGCAGUUUCUUUGGAAAAACUGUAUACAGGCAGGCAAACUUUAUAAUGGUAAGUAUUCGCAGCACAUUCGCGUUUGGAGCUCGGGAAGUUGUUGAUGUAGCUUUCCGCAAAACGCCUAGGAUUCUUGUUGCUGGGCACGUUGGCCUUUGCAAGUCAGUGUUCAAAGGAACACUCAAUGAUUCAAGAGACCCUAACUUAGAAUCCAAUGGCUACACAUGCCGGUUUUACCUGACGCACAGCAAUCUGCAUCAAGCAUUUGAACAGCUUUAUGACAACGGUUUUUGUUUAGUCAGCUGCAACGCUGGCAAAACAAACUAUGAAAAACUUCCCAACCUUAGACUAGGUGAGGAAGAUAAGUGGAGCAAUUUUGAAAAUUUCGUGUUUUCAAGAGACAACAGUGAACAGACAUGAGCAAAUAUUUGCAGGCAUGAACGGACAAAACUUUCUGGAGUUUUCCUUCAAUAAUAUUUCUAUCAGCUGAAGUAUAUAUCUAGUGUUUACUGUAAAAACCAAUGUUUUCACGGAAGAUCAUCAGAUUUCCAGAAUUUAGUUUAAGUCUUCAGUCAUUAAAAUUAAGCCAUCAUUUUUACCACAAUAUUUUAUUUUCCUCCUUACAGUGAAUACAUUUAACUUCUUUACACAAUAAACAUCUCACACCCAAUGCUACGAUUUCAUUCAAUAUAGAAGAAAUUCAAAGACCAUCCUAGACCGUGAACAGUAUGAUUUUUAAGCAUAUCGCCCGCGCCGCAAAAAUAUGCAGGGCACUUUGUUAUGCAAAUAUUUUACCAAAUCUCACCAAUCAAGGAUCAAGUUUUCACAUAUUUGUGCGCCACGAAAAGUCUGUAAACAUUAUGUUAGAUUACUGUGCCGCACAACUGCUGGAAUGGGAAGAAAGUGGAUGUGGUUGGAAGUUGUGAAGGAGAAGAAUCCCAAUUCUUAAUCUAUACGGAAGAGGUGCACAGGGAGUGUAAACUUAUGAAUCUCAUGACAUUUUCUUUCAACUGCGUGUUGGAUUUGCUCGGAAACCUUUAAAAGGACAAAAUGUUUGACUAAACACUUUGAACAUUUCAAAGCUGGCUAAACUUUGAGAUAUUUCCCAGUCCCGUCACCACUCGCACAAGCCCGUAGUCAGGCGUGGUGAGUAGGGGUGGCAAACACCCCAUGUUCAAUGCAGGCAAAGUUUAAAGUGAAGUUUUUGUAGGGGUAGGGGAGAGGGCGGUGGCUAGAGUUAGUGGGAACAAAUAUCAUUGUCGGUUCUGACAAAAUCAUUAAAGUGCUUGGGAACAAAGGUCCUUCUUCGAUGAAUGUUGUUGACCACUGAUUGUUCCAUUAGGUGUCUAUACUAUAGAAUAUUGUCCACAAAAUUUCUUGUUCACACAACUUGUGAUUUUGAAAUGUCCUGACCACGGUGAAGUUUUUGCUUGGCAGCGAAAGUUUUUUUGAGCGACAGGAAUGAUCUUAAGUUCUACAUGUGUAAUAUUAGACCCCAAUUAGAAUCUUUCCUUCCGUCAGCAUUAGCUUGAAUCAAAUUGAUCAAAGUGUAUCAGUCUAAUCGAGUUUAAUCGAUCAAAGUGUAUCAGUCUUGCUUAGCGGGACAAAUCGCAGUUAGAAAGUAAACGCUUACAAGGCAUGAAAAUAAUAUUUUAGACCAAAAAUCAAGAUGACUUUCUUAAGCAAGGUGAAUUAUUAUUUUUAUUUAUAGUGGUUGAAAUAAUGGACACAGUAAACUUUAGGGUUUUUUGCCUUUAAUGUUAGACUUAGUUGCCCUGGUCCAGGGUAGGGGUCUGGGCCUCAUUCAUGGCUCCGCCCUUGACCGUGAGGGAAGCCCCCUAGACCGCCUACAGGGUAAUGUUAAUGUGCGACCGUCAACUUUUAUGUCCACCCCUGGUAACAUCUGCAGCUUGGCAGAAUAAAAUGGCUAUUAAUGAUAAGGAAAGUAGAAGAUAAUGUUGCUACGGAAACAGGGAGAGACAUCUGUACGUUUCAGCUAAUCAAAGUCGACAAAUUACAAGUGAAGUUUCAAGACUAAAAUUGAAAGCUAACUUGUAUCAAAAGUAAGUUAUUUCUAAAAUGCUAUUUCUGGAAAGUAUAGAAGCAACAAAGGUAACAAAUUGAAACGAUCUGCGUCACUGUUUACUGCUGUUCACUGCAGAGUUUAUUUGAUUUUGAUAUGAAAGGUUUGGCAUCAUUUUUACUUUGAGCUACUCAGUUUUCGUUGUUUACGAUUAUCAAAAAUCAUUUUAAUUUUCGUAGAAUAUGAAAACAUGAGCUUUUUGCUUCGUUUGGUAUAACAUUUGUUCAUAACAGGCUCUACAGGUAUGCAAAAAGCACAUUUGCUGGUUUCUAAGCUUUAAAUGCACCUUGCUUAUUAUACAGGUAUGAAUAGAUGAACAGUCGAAAGUUCUAUGGUAAUUUGAGUAAACAAUAAUGUAGAUGCUUCAUAUAAUUGCAUAUUUAUGAUUUUUACUUCGUAACUUUCAAAUAUAGUUUUAAUAAUAACAUAUAGAAGCUGUGUUUAUCAAGCAGUGUCCUUGUUUUUCACUCAACUUGACCACAUUACAGACUGGCGAUUCCUUCCUACUCAGUAAAAGUCUGGUCAUGCCAGGGGCUUAGAGCUAAACCCUAGGAUCUGUAGUCCAUGUCCCUAAGCAUAAGACCAUCAUCACGCCUUGUGUAUAUUUGCUUUCUUAAGAUUGUAUCAUUUCCAAUGACGUAAUGUUAGCCAUAUUCAUAUUCACAGUAACCUAAAUAUGUUUAAUUAGUUUCUUGGUGAUAUAUGCUACUGUCUGACUGACACCCUGUUUUUUUCUUCAUUGACUACUUUCAAUUGUGGUUUCAUUUGGCAAGAAUGCGUUCGUUGACAAUUCUUUAUAAUGAAAAUGCAUUUUACCAGAACAUUGAACUCAUAUAGAAUGGUACUCACAGUAAAAACAGCCAAAGGUACCGGAAACACUGUAAUCGGUUUUCAUUCAUUGAAUCGCAUUCUUUUAACCAUUUUAACUCAUCAAAUCAGGCAUUCACAUUUAAAAUGGUAAAUAUCACUUUUGCUCUGAUGAAGCCACGGAUGCCGGGGCGUAAUAUUAGAUAAUAUUAAUUUGCUUGUGCUUAUUGUUGUUUGUUCUCGUCGCUUUGUGGUGUUUUUUAUUUUCUACAUUUUUAUCGACUCUUCACCGAAAGCAUUUCAUAGGAGUCCAUCUAGCAGCCUGUAAACUGUGGCCUUGUCAGGAUAAAAUAUCGUUAAAAUAAAUUGUUAUAUUACAGAGCUCUUUCUCCUUAAACUGCAGUGUUCAUUUUCGGAUAGUGUGUUUUCUAGCUAAUUUUAAGCCUAUAUUUAUAAAAUACACAUAUUUCCUCUUAAAAUCCGACAUAAACCUACAGAUCCUUGCAAAUUACUGAAUUUAUUAGUGAACCCGUGAGGCGCAAAUGAUUUAUCAAGUUAUAAAUGCAAAAUAGGUUUGUUUCUAGCGAGUUUGCUAUAGCACAGAAUUUAGAUUGCAUACAAAAAGGACUGGGGAAUACAACUGACAAUAAUAGUUUGUACCAACACUUUUAACUUGGAACAGCUGCUUAUUCUGCAAAUUAGGCUCUUUAUAUACAGCUUGUUUUAUAAAGAAACCUCUGCGACAUUUUCUCGUCUAAAGACGCCUGAUUAUAAUGCUGGGAAGCGAUGACAAAUACUACACUAUUUCAUUAUCUAAAUGUUGAAGAGAUUACUUUUGGAGUCUUUUCGCUUCAAAUUCGAUUGGUCUGUUCCUUUCUGCCCCCUCAAGCAGGACAAUGAAAGAGGAAAUUCAGGGUAUUUGCAGCUCAAAGUAUCAGAAUCUUGUACUUAACGUAUUUGAUCUAUUGAACACUCAGGCAUUAAUUUACAUUUUUCGCUUAAGGGGGCAAGUAUUGGGGAGGAGGGCGUUUAUCAGAGAGGGAGUUUCGGGCAUAAAUUUCUUCUAAGUCAACCCACUUUAAAUCUGAAAAAUACAAA